CCUCCUUGCUUGGAGAAAUAAUGCCACUGACAGACCAGGGAGGGCUCGUCCAAUGAAAAAGUGGGAGUGCCGCACCAUGUGAGCCGAUUGGUUACCCUGGACCUAAGCAGACUUGGACGGAGGCUGCAGUUCUGGGAUUAGAGAUGAUAUAGAUCCGUCGACAUCUGUCCGUCCACGAUGGUUGUGCCUGAAUCUCAGGACAAGAUGUACUACCCUCCUGAUGACAUGAAGAGGGAUGCUCAUGUGCCUGAUUUUAACUCCUAUCUGGCACUGUACAGGAAGUCUCUUGAGAAUCCAGAAGCUUUCUGGAAAGAGAUUGCUGAUGAGUUCGUUUGGAAGAAGCCAGCAACAGGACCAGUGCUGCAGUACAACUUCGAUGUGACAAAAGGGAACAUUUACGUCAAAUGCAUGGAAGGGGCCAAAACCAACAUGUGCUAUAAUGUCCUGGACAGGCUCGUGAAGGAGAAGAACCUCGGUGAAAAAAUUGCCUUUUACUGGGAGGGGAACUCACCUGACCACCACCUCGCCAUCACCUACAGCCAACUGCUGAGCCAGGUCUGCUGCUGCGCUAAUGUCCUUAAACAACUGGGUGUAAAAAAGGGAGACAGAGUGUCUAUCUACCUCCCCAUGAUCCCAGAGCUGGUGUACACUAUGUUGGCCUGUGCAAGGAUAGGCGCUGUUCACUCCAUUGUGUUUGCAGGCUUCUCCUCUGAGUCUCUGUGCGAGAGGAUCAUGGAUGCCCAGAGCAGCAUCCUGGUGACAGCAGAUGGUGUUUAUAGAGGAGAGAAGCUGAUCAACCUGAAACAGAUUGCAGACGAGGCUCUGGAGAAGUGCAGGGGAAAAGCGUCAUCCAGUGUCACUAAAUGCCUCGUCGUCAAACACCACGCUCUGAGGACAAAAAGCGGAGCUGCGUGCAACAAACUACAGACCCCCUGGGACUCUGAGUGUGAUGUGUGGUGGGAUGAGGUGAUGAAAGACUCCCCUGAAGAGUGUGAACCAGAGUGGCUGGACGCUGAGGAUCCUCUGUUUAUCCUCUACACCAGCGGCUCCACAGGCAAACCAAAGGGUGUUCUCCACACUGUUGCCGGGUAUCUGCUCUACACGUCGCUGACCUUCAAGUGUGUUUUUGAUCAUCACCAUGACGACGUGUACUGGUGCACUGCAGACAUCGGCUGGAUCACCGGCCACUCCUACAUCACCUACGGGCCACUUGCAAACGGUGCUACGAGUGUGCUGUUUGAAGGUAUUCCAGUCCACCCUCAUGUCGGCCGGUUCUGGGAGAUCAUUGAGAAGUACAAAGUGACCAAGUUCUACACAGCUCCGACAGCCAUCCGCCUGCUGAUGAAGUACGGACGUGAACCGCUGCAGAAAUAUGACCUCUCCAGCCUGAGGAUUCUGGGUACUGUUGGUGAGCCGAUCAACCCAGAGGCAUGGCAGUGGUACCGCGAGGUCGUCGGUGAGGGCAGAUGUCCGGUGGUCGACACUUUCUGGCAGACAGAGACUGGAGGUCAUGUUUUGACUCCUCUUCCUGCGGCCACGCCACUGAAACCAGGCUCUGCUACCUUUCCUUUCUUCGGGGUAGAGCCCACAAUCCUCAACGAACACGGAGAGGAGCUGCAAGGCGAGGCCGAGGGUUAUCUCGUAUUCAGGAGGCCCUGGCCCGGAAUAAUGCGCACUGUGUACAAAAACCACGAACGCUUCGAGAACACCUACUUUAAGAAAUUCCCGGGUUUCUAUGUAACUGGUGAUGGCUGCAGGCGGGAUAAAGACGGUUAUUACUGGAUCACAGGACGGAUAGACGACAUGCUGAAUGUGUCAGGCCACCUGAUGAGCACAGCAGAGGUGGAGGCAGCUCUGACGGAGCACCCGGCCGUAGCGGAGGCCGCGGUAGUGAGUCGGCCUCACAAGGUGAAGGGCGAGUGUCUGUACUGCUUUGUCAGCCUCAAAAACAGCAGGGAGUUUAACCGCACGCUGGUGGAGGAGCUCAAGAGACAGGUGAGAGAGAAAAUUGGACCAAUCGCUACACCAGACUUCAUUCAAAAUGCUCCGGCGCUCCCGAAAACUCGCUCAGGGAAGAUCAUGAGGCGAAUCCUCCGGCAGAUCGCCCGCAAUGAGAAGGACCUCGGCGACCUUUCAUCCCUGGCUGAUCCCAAGGUGGUGGAGGUGUUGUUCAGCCAGAGGUGUGAAGCUGCAGCCUGAACGGACACCCUCGUCUUCAUGCUAUGAAACGGUACAAAUCAAUCAAACAAUCACAAACAGCUGGUUCGGGAUCUGAGUGUUUGUGUGCACUUUUUGGGACUGAAUGAAAGGGCAGGGACAUCAGGGCAUUUAAAAUGGUUGUUUUAUGUGAAGAGAAUAUAAAUAUAUGAAUUUAAAUAUGAUUGAUUAGGUAGACGCACAGAUGUAGGGAUGCUGCUUUGUGUUUGGGCCAAAAAAUCAAACAAACUAGGCACCAGAGUUACUAUGUUUUAUAUUUUCUUAAUGUCUUUCAGUUCCACGUCUCACAUCAUACAUCUUUAAAUAGAAGUCAGCUUUGCACAGCUUGUUUUUGACUGACGACUGAUGUACGUGUUCAACCUGUGAUAACAUUUCUAUGACCUCACAAUAAAGUGUUUCAUCUUG